CGGGAACGCGUGAACGUUUGAACCGGGACCAGCUAAUCACUUCCGCAAGACUAUCAACGUCCUAAAGGUUGUUCGGUCGAGAGAAAAAAAUCGCAGAAGAGGGCAGAUGAGACCCCCUCAAGUCCAAAUAGACUUUGGUACACCGCCCGGUACACCUCUACGCACGUCUUCUGAAUUUGAAGAAAUUCCUUAUCCUGUCACACAUCCAUCUUACUCUAAAACCUCUCCGAACUACAAACACGAGGAAUCAUUGCCGUUACACCACAUGAAUGAGGACACGUCGACAAGGCGGAGGGUGGCUAGAGGGCCCGGAAGCAGCGGCGGGUUCAUGAGCGGUGAUGAGCAUGAAAGCGAAAUGCACUUCGACGACGACGACGACGGAAAGGAUGUGUACUCAAAACUAAGGCCUGCUAGGAGCCGUGUCAGCAGCGGACGUAUCCACAGGCCUCCGCCUCCGCCUCCAACUUCGAUCAGCGAAUUCAUAUUUCAGAACCUAGAGCACCUCCCGCCUGUUAUCUACACUCUACUCUCGCGCACUUUGGCAAAGUUCGGGUCGCAUUACCUCAAACGCGAGUUUUACUUCGAUGUUCACCCUCCGCUCGGGAAGAUGCUUGGUUACAAUGGACACUUCGAGUUUAAAAGCGGAGUGGUGUACGAUGACAAUGUCCCGUACGUGGCUAUGCGGGUUAUGAUGGCGACAUUCGGUGUGGCCUUGGUUCCGCUGGGGUGGUAUACUGCAGUUGAGUUGGGAAUGAGCUCAUGGUGCUGUCAUCUGGUUGCGCUCAUGGUUCUGUGUGAUGUUGCCUGGUUGUGUAUAUCGCGGUUUAUUCUACUGGAUUCCAUGCUCCUAUUCUUCACUUUCACAACGGUCUUUUUGCUCACCAAAUUUCACAACCAACAAUAUCAUGUGAAAUGGAUCGGAUUGUUCGUGACUGCUGUGGUUGGCUUGUACACCAUCGAGGAUCUCUGGGAGAAAUUUGGCGAUCUUCGUAUGACCAAUCGAGACCAAAUUCGACACUGGGCGGCUCGCGUGCUCUGCCUAAUUGUCCUCCCGAUCCUGGUAUAUAUGUUGUCCUUCAAGCUGCAUUUCAUGAUCCUAAACCAUUCGGGUCCUGGCGACUCUACGAUGAGUUCGCUAUUCCAAGCCCACCUGGUCGGUAAUGAUUUUGGCAAGAACCCACGGGAAAUUGCAUUUGGCUCAAAAAUUACCUUGAAAGGCAUGGGCUGGGGCGGAGGUCUCCUGCACUCCCACGUUCAAACCUAUCCCGUUGGUUCAGGCCAGCAGCAGAUUACUUGCUAUCACUACAAAGAUGACAACAACCAUUGGACUGUCCUUCCCACUUGGGAAGCGCCUGAAUACAACCCAAACGGCGAGUUGCAGUUCCUCCAGGAUGGUGACGUCAUCCGCUUGCAGCAUGUUCCGACAACGCGACACUUGCACUCGCACACAGUGGCAGCACCUGUGACGAAGCUUAACAACGAAGUCUCUGGCUAUGGUAACUCGACUGUUGGAGAUUUCCACGACUAUUGGGUCGUCGAGGUCGUCGAUGAUAUCAAGCAGGGCACCAAGGAGCACGUCACGAAAAUCCAUUCACUCACAACGAGAUUGAGGUUCAAACACCGGGCUCUGGGAUGCUACCUGUACGCUGCGAAUGCAGUCCUACCUCAGUGGGGCUUUAAACAGCUUGAGGUCAGCUGCACCAAGGAGAACAACCCUGAAGACAUACACACAUACUGGAACGUGGAAAGUCACUGGAACGACCGCUUGCCUUCUGGUGAUGCGAAAUUUUACAGGUCCCCAUUCCUACGCGAUUUCUGGCAUCUCAAUGUGGCCAUGAUGACUUCCAACAAUGCACUUGUCCCCGAUCCGGACAAGGAAGAUAUCCUUGCAUCAACUCCCACUGACUGGCCUUGGUUGCGGCUAGGCCUCAGGAUGUGUGGCUGGGGCGAUGAUCAAACAAAGUACUACCUUCUUGGCACGCCUGUAAUCUGGUGGAGUGGUGCAGCCAGCUUGAUAGUUUCUGUUAUUGUCCUCGUCGUUUACCUACUGCGCCACCAACGCAAGUACGUCGAUAUGACUCCUCAACAAUGGGAUCAUUUCUUGUAUGUCGGAAAGAUUGCUGGUUAUGGGUGGCUUCUUGCAUUACAUGCCCUUCCCACUCUUUACUUUUCCGUUCUCAUGCUCGCUCACCUUCUUGACCACUUCAUUUUCUCCGCACGCUGGAAGGAGAGUACGAAGCGUGCUGCUUUCGGUAUUUGCGCAUUUCUGAUCGUCGGAAACUUCUGGUGGUUCAGGGGAAUGGCAUGGGGUAUUGAUGGACCGAUCAAUGACCACUGGGGCCUCCUGUGGCGCAAAGCGGACGCCAGGUGA